AUGGCAUCAUCAUCUGCAUUAGAAUCAAACCAACUACUGUUGGAGCGACAAAAGAGGCUCUUGAGCUUUUUAAUGUCCAAGAAUGUACCACCUGUACCAACACAAGAAGAAAGGAAACCAUACCCUGGAGCUACAGCUAAUGUUAUUAAACAAAUUUUUUUUUGGUGGCUAGCACCUGUGAUGAACACAGGAUACCAAAGAACUUUACAACCAGAUGACAUGUUUUAUUUAACUGAUGAUAUCAAGGUGCAAAAAAUGGCAGAUGAUUUUUACAGGUAUAUGUCAAACGAUAUUGAUCGAUCCAAGCAAAAACACAUUGCUGCAAAAUGCAAAGAAAGAGGAGAAACGGUUGAAACUACUUCGGUGGAUCCCGAAGAAGACUUGAAAGAUUAUGAAUUGAGCAAAUUUUUAACUGUCUGGGCCUUGGCCAAGACUUUCAAAUGGCAGUAUACUUGGGCCUGUGUGUGCUUAGCAUUGAGUAAUGCAGGUCAAACAACGAUGCCAUUAUUGAGUAAGAAAUUGAUCAAAUACGUCGAGUUGAAGGCAUAUGGUCAAGAACCUGGAAUAGGAAAAGGUCUUGGUUAUUCCUUUGGUACCACCGCAAUGGUGUUUAUUGUUGGUGUGUUGAUUAACCACUUCUUUUAUCGCUCGAUGAUUACUGGUGCACAAGCAAAGGCAGUAUUGACAAAGGCACUUUUGGAUAAGUCAUUCAAACUUAGUGCUGAAGCCAAACACAAGUAUUCUGUGGGUAAGAUCACUUCGAUGUUGGGGACAGAUUUGUCAAGAAUAGAUUUUGCCUUGGGUUUCCAGCCAUUUAUUAUCGUGUUCCCCAUUCCAAUCGCUAUUGCCAUUGCCAUUUUGAUCGUCAACAUAGGUGUUGCGUCGUUAGUUGGAGUUGGAAUAUUACUUGUGUUUAUGGUCGGUAUUGCUUUUUCAACGGGGAAAUUGAUUGCUUAUAGGAAAAAGGCCAAUCAUUAUACCGACUCGAGGGUUAAUUACAUAAAGGAAGCAUUAAACAAUUUGAAAGUUAUUAAAUUUUAUUCUUGGGAACCACCCUACCAUGAAAAUAUCUCCGAUCUUAGGAAGAAGGAGAUGAAGAUUAUUUAUCGUAUGCAAGUGCUUCGGAAUGUUGUUACUUCGUUUGCCAUGUCCUUGACAUUAUUUGCAUCUAUGACGGCAUUUUUGGUUCUUUACGCGAUAUCAAAUGGUAAGAGAGAUCCAGCGUCUAUUUUCUCAUCACUUUCCCUUUACAAUACCUUGACUCAACAGGUGUUUUUGUUACCCAUGGCUUUAGCUACUGGUGCCGAUGCGUUUAUGGGGAUUUCUCGUGUAGGUGACUUUAUGUCACAGAGCGAGAUAAAUCCAGAAGAAAAUGCGAUUGAAGCUCCUCCUGAUGUGCAAGAAUGGAUGGAUAAGGAAUCGUUGUCAAUUGAUGUCGAAGAUGCCUCAUUCGAGUGGGAAAUAUUUGAAGAUGAUGAAGAGAAAGAUGGCAAGAAUCUGAAAAAGAAUGGUAGCAAAAAGAGAAAGUCAGAGGAAAAUAUUAUCUUGGAUGUACAAGACAGUGAAUCAUCUUUAACUAAAGGCUUGGAUGGCUCUUCAUCUUCGGAAGUUUCUUCAGCAGAGGAUGCCCACUUUGAAGGGUUGAAUAACAUUGACUUUAAAAUCAAAAAAGGAGAAUUUGUUGUGAUUACUGGUUUAAUUGGAUCGGGUAAGUCAUCAUUGUUAUCAGCCAUGUCUGGUUUUAUGAAACGUACCAGUGGAUCGGUUAAUGUCAAUGGGUCAUUGUUGCUUUGUGGAUACCCAUGGGUGCAAAACUCAACCGUUAAAGACAAUAUCAUCUUUGGAUCGGAAUUUGAUGAGGAAAAAUACAAGAAAGUAAUUUAUGCAUGUUCUUUGGAAGCGGAUUUGGAAUUGUUACCUGCUGGUGAUAGAACUGAGAUUGGUGAGCGUGGUAUUACUUUAUCUGGUGGUCAAAAGGCUAGAAUCAAUCUUGCUCGUGCUGUUUAUGCCAACAAGGAUAUUAUUCUUUUGGAUGAUGUGUUGAGUGCCGUCGAUGCUCGUGUUGGUAAACAUAUUAUGAACAAUUGUCUCUUGGACUUGUUGAAGGAAAAGACUAGAGUCUUGGCUACCCAUCAAUUGUCCCUUAUUGGAUCUGCUGAUCGUGUUAUUUUUUUGAAUGGAGAUGGUUCAAUUGAUGUUGGAACUUUUGAGGAAUUAAAGGAAAGGAAUCCUGGAUUUGAUAAAUUAAUGGCAUAUAACAGUGAAUCACAUGAAGAAGAUGAAGAGGAGGAGGAAAAUUUGGAAGAGAUUGCUGAAGAAGACUUAUUCGAGGACGACAAGCGUGUGGUUGAACGGCAAUUAACGCGUCGCUCUACGAGGACAGUCACCUCCGUGGGAGCUUUCCCUGAAGAGGAAUAUGAUGAGGCAGAUGAAGAAGCCCGUCAUCACGAAUACAACUUGGACGAACAGGCCGAUGGUAAGUUGAUUGGAGAUGAGGAGCGUGCUGUUAAUGCCAUCAGUAAGGAGAUAUACGCUAGAUAUUUCGAAUUGGGUUCUGGUAGACUCACGCCAUGGGUGAUGCUUCCUUUAUUGCUUUUCUUUAUUGUGGUGGCCACAUUCAGUCAAAUAUUUACAAACACGUGGUUGUCAUUUUGGACGGAAUACAAGUUUGACAAGCCCGACAAGUUUUACAUUGGAAUUUAUAUCAUGUUUGCCUUUUUGUCAUUUAUUUUGUUGACUAUCGAAUUUAUCAUCUUGGUUAAAAUCACAAAUACUGCAUCGGUUAUGAUGAAUGUGCUUGCUGUUAAGAAAGUUUUACAUGCACCAAUGUCAUUUAUGGACACUACGCCAAUGGGACGUAUAUUGAAUCGAUUCACUAAAGAUACUGAUGUUUUGGAUAAUGAAAUUGGUGAUCAGUUGAGAUUCUUUUUGUAUGUGUUUGCCAACAUUAUUGGUGUCGUUAUUUUGUGUAUCAUAUACUUGCCAUGGUUUGCCAUUGCUGUUCCGUUCUUGGGAAUGUUGUUUGUUUCCAUUUCCAACUACUAUCAAGCAUCAGCUCGUGAGAUUAAACGUUUGGAAGCAGUUCAAAGAUCGCUUGUUUACAAUAAUUUCAAUGAAACUUUGAGUGGUAUGGCUACGAUCAAAGCAUAUAAAGCAACCGAACGAUUUAUUGGCAAGAAUAACUAUUUGAUUGAUCGUAUGAAUGAAGCUUAUUACAUAACAAUUGCUAAUCAACGUUGGUUGGCUAUUCAUAUGGAUUUUGUUGCAACGUUGUUUGCCUUGUUGAUUGCUUUGCUUUGUGUCAACCGUGUGUUUAAUGUGAGUGCCAGUGCUGUUGGUUUGAUUUUGUCUUAUGUCUUGCAAAUCGCCGGUCAAUUGUCAAUGCUUAUUAGAACAUUUACUCAGGUGGAAAAUGAAAUGAACUCGGCAGAAAGAUUGAACUCCUAUGCGACAGACUUGCCUGUUGAAGCACCAUAUGUCAUUACCGAAAAUACUCCACCACCAAAUUGGCCAACACAAGGUAAUAUCACUUUUGAUCAUGUAUCGUUGGCAUAUAGACCUGGUUUGCCUUUGGUUUUGAAGGAUUUGAACUUUACUGUUAAUCCGAUUGAGAAAAUUGGUAUUUGUGGUAGAACUGGUGCUGGUAAAUCAUCAAUCAUGACAGCCUUGUACCGAUUGUCGGAAUUAGAUUCUGGAAGGAUUGAAAUUGAUGGAAUCGACAUCUCCAAGUUGGGAUUGAGAGACUUGCGUUCCAAAUUAUCAAUCAUCCCACAAGAUCCAGUUUUGUUUAGGGGUACGAUAAGAACCAACUUGGAUCCAUUUAAUGAACACGAAGAUGAUAGAUUAUGGGAUGCUUUAAGGAGAACAGGGUUAAUUGAAGAGUCAAGGUUGGAGUCGGUUAAAAAGCAAAGCAAGUCAACAACUAAACCAGCCACUGGAGAAAUUUCUGAAAAGACAACAGAAAAAGCCACUGCUACUCCUGAUUCAUUGGCAUUGCACAAAUUCCAUUUAGACCAAGCGGUUGAAGAUGACGGUUCGAAUUUCUCACUUGGUGAGCGACAAUUAAUUGCAUUUGCACGUGCCUUGGUUCGUGACUCGAAGAUUCUUAUCUUGGAUGAAGCUACAUCAUCUGUUGAUUACGAAACUGACUCGAAAAUUCAGAAAACGAUUAUCCGUGAAUUUAAAGAUUGUACUAUUUUGUGUAUUGCCCAUCGUUUGAAGACCAUUCUUAAUUAUGAUCGAAUUUUGGUAUUGGAUAAAGGUGAAGUUAAAGAGUUUGAUACUCCUUGGAAUUUGUUUAAUGCAAGAGGUAGCAUAUUUCAACAAAUGUGUGAGCGGUCAAAUGUUACUGAACAGGAUUUUGCCAGUUCAGUACAGUUUUAG